AUGGCUUCCUCCAGCAGUCUCCUGUCUGAGGAGCAGUUCCAGUGUUGUAUCUGUCUGGAUGUGUUCACUGAUCCAGUCUCUACUCCAUGUGGACACAACUUCUGUAUGACCUGUAUCAAAGGAUUCUGGGACACCACUGACUCCUGUCAGUGUCCAAUGUGUAAGAGGAAGUUUGAGAAGAGACCAGAUCUCUCUGUCAAUACAAUGUUUGCUGAUUUAACUGCUCAGUUCAGGAAGUCAGUUCAGGUGAAGGCCAGCAGUAUCCCACAGAUACCUACUGUUAAAACCAGAGACGUUUCAUGUGACAUCUGCACAGAGGAGAAACUUGUUGCUCUGAAGUCCUGUCUGGUGUGUCUGACCUCUUACUGUGAGACUCACCUGGAGCCUCAUCAGAGAGUCUCAGCCUUGAAGAGACACAAACUGAUUGAUCCUGUGGAGAAUGUGGAGGAUUAUAUCUGUAAGAAACAUGAGAGACCCCUGGAGCUGUUCUGUAGAGAUGAUCAGACAUGCGUGUGUCAGUUCUGUACUGAGGGAGAGCACAGAACUCACAACACUGUUCCCAUAGAGGAGGAGAGUGGAGAGAGGAAGACACAGAUGGGGAAGAUGCGGACUGAAGUCCAGCAGAUGAUCCAGGACAGACUGAAGAAGACUGAAGAGAUCAGUCACUCAGUAGAGAUCUGUAAAAAAAACACAGAGAAUGAGAAAACAGAAAGUAUUAAGGUCUUCAGUGCUCUUAUGAGAUCCAUUGAGAGAGUCCAGACUGAGCUGCUCCAGGUGAUGGGGGAGAAGCAGAAAGCAGUGGAGAAGGAGGCUGAAGGAGUCAUUAAAGAACUGCAACAAGAAAUCAUUGAGCUAAAGAGGAGAGACACUGAGUUGGAGCAGCUUUCACACACUGAGGACCUCCUCCACCUCCUACAGAUUUACCCAUCUGUGUGCUGCCCUCCACACACCAAGAACUGGACUGACAUCAGUAUUAAGAGUGCUGUGAGUGUGGACACUCUGAGGAGAUCUCUGACUCAGCUGGAGGAAUCAUUCAAUAAGACAAUGGAGAAGAUAACAGAGAUAGAACCGCAUAUGGUUCAGCAAUAUGCAGUAAAUGUGACUCUGGAUCCUGAUACAGCUCAUCCAAACCUCAUCCUGUCUGAUGAUGGAAAACAAGUGACACAUGGAAACAAACGACAGGAUCUCCCUGACAGAACAAAGAGGUUUGAUACUUGUCCCUGUGUCCUAGGAAAGGAGGGGUUCUCUUCAGGGAGAUUUUACUAUGAGGUGCAGGUCAGUGGGAAGACUAAAUGGGAUUUAGGAGUGGCCGGAGAGUCCAUUAACAGAAAGGGAAUAAUUACACCGUGCCCUAACAACGGAUACUGGACUGUUUGUCUGAGGAAUGAGAAUGAGUAUCAUGCUUGCACUGGUCCCUCUGUCCUCCUCUCUCUGAAACAGAAACCCCAGAAGGUGGGGGUGUUUGUGGAUUAUGAGGAGGGUCUGGUCUCCUUUUAUGACGUGGGGGCCAGGUCUCAUAUCUACUCUUUCACUGGUCAGUCUUUCACUGGGAAACUCUAUCCAUACUUCAGUCCUUGUAAUAAUGCUGGAGGUAAAAACUCAGCUCCGCUCAGUAUCAUGCCUGUCAGUCAAGAUGAACGAACUUAA